UCCAAAGAGUCGCCAAAAAUUACGGUUUAUUUUUCUAAGUCUCAUAGUUUAUUUAAUCUCGACAGCUGCCAAGCUCCUCUGAGAAGCUGAGAUAAUGGCAGGCGCUUGCCUAAUUACGGUGCUGGCUCUGGUCGCAGUUGCAUACGGAGCCUUCACGUGCCCGAAAAAGGAUGGACAAUACGAGGACUCGCAACAGUGUGAUAAAUUUUACGAAUGCUCGGAUGGCGUCGCAAGAGAGAAAUUUUGUCCUGACGGUCUGGUGUUCGAUCCUUUGAAUCGUAAAAUCAACAAAUGCGACCAUGUCUUUAAUGUCGACUGCGGAGAUCGUCUGGAGCUACAGCCUCCUCAGCCAACGAAAAAGUGCCCACGUCGGAAUGGUUUCUUCGCGCAUCCUGAUCCUGCGGUUUGCAAUAUUUUUUAUAACUGCAUCGACGGUGAAGCGAUAGAAAUUACAUGCACAACGGGACUUCAUUUCGAUGAAUUUAGCGGCACUUGUGUCUGGCCCGACAGCGCUGGUCGUCAGGGCUGUGGAAAAGUAGGCAACAUCUUAAAGGAUGGUUUCGAGUGUCCGAAAGAAGGCCAAGUCGAUAGCAGAGGAAUGGCAGUGGAUCAUCCUAAAUUCGCUCAUCCAGAUGACUGCCAGAAAUUCUAUGUUUGUCUAAAUGGUGUAACACCUCGAGAACAAGGUUGCAGUGAUGGCACCGUUUACAACGACGUCGAGCAACGAUGCGACGCACCGGAGAAUGUUGCUGGAUGCGAGGACUGGUAUAAAGACGACGAGAGGAAACCCUAAGAGCUUCCGCGAAAUUUUCCUGUCCCGCAUCGGGACUUACCUUCGAGCGCGUUACUUUUCGUUAAUUUUCCAUUUUCCAUCGGCUUUAAAAACGGUUCAAAUUUCUUGCAAUAAAUGAAACUUCAUCCAGAAGUCUGGUGGAUUUUCUCGGUAGUUCCAUAAUCUUCAAGUUUGUUAAGGAAAACGCGUUGCAAGACCGAUGCACCUCGUACCGAUUGACAGACAUUGCAAAACAUUUGAAGAUUUUUCAUCCUUAUCGUUUUACGAAUGAAAAUACAUUAAAUUUGGAUAAGCGUUAAAAAUAGAAUUUUUUCCUUGAAGUGCAAUCUCGUUAAUUCUGUGUCUGUGCAACUUCUUUCCGGCAAAUCGCUGAAAAUAUAUAUUUCAAAGUUUCAUAAAUUAAUGAUUAUUCAUUAUAUCUCAAUUUUCAUUUAGUCAUUCUGGGGCUAAAAUUUUUAAGUAUCUAAGAAAAUGGUGGACGACGUGUCCUUUCGGGAUGUUUCAAGGGAUGGAUUUCGCAUAGAAGGAAAUAAUUGUGUAGACAAUGAGGAAUAAAAAUGAAGUUCGAGGUGCAUCAGUAAUCCAAUAUAGACGGCAAUUUGUGCAAUGUACUUUUUCUGCGCUCGAGAAAAUGGUCGAGGCUCCUUUCACUUAUGGACUCAAAGGAACGCGCUCGACGGCCUGCUUGGAAGGCGGAAGCUCAUUGAAGGAUCCAGACCUUUCAUUCUCCAGUCCAUGGUCCUUGCGAGUUUAUGCUAAGUAUACGUGCCUAAGACAUAGGCGGAAUUCUGGCUGAUCUGGAUUCUCACAUGGAAUUUAUUCCGGAAGAACUGACUCGUCAAGCAGCGGCCGGAGUAAGGACGAGUGCUCGUGAUAGGUUUCAUAAAACCCUGAAAAAUGUCUCUCUCAUACAGGCAAAUAUAAGUUUCUAGGGAGAAACGUAGAACUAAGUUAAUGGAUAAGAAACAUGUUGCGCCGGAAUAACGAGCUUAUCGAGACUGAAGUGUAUUUGACUCGGUAAUAAAGAUUUUCUAGA